AUGACAAGAAACGUUGGUUUUAAGAAGGCUGCUAAGAACCCGCUCAACAAACAAAAAUUGAAAGCAGCCAUCUCCAAAUCUAAGAGAUCAGAGGCUCAGUCUAUGAGUGAGUUCUCUGACUUCUCUGACGAGGAGACUAAUAAGGAGGUGACACCACCAACUUCACCUCUAAAAGGCAAAUCAGCCAAGUUAUUUGAAUCAACAAUCGGACGUCUGAAAAAAACACAAAAAUUGAGGUCAGGAGAUCUACUUGUAGAAACUGCCUCACCUCAACAGUCCGCUAAACUUCUAGCUGCAAAGAAAUUGGGAGACAUUGAAGUCACAGUCACACCACAUGGAAGUUUGAACUCAUCACGUGGUGUGAUAUCUGAGGAUGAAUUAGAUAUUCAGAUGAACCUUAAAGACCAAUGCGUCACUGCCGUUCGACGUAUCUCCAUUCGUCGAGAUGGCAAGUUGAUCCCAACCAAACAUCUUAUUUUCACAUUUAACAUGCUGAUAUUACCAACUUCCAUUACUGCAGGACACCUGCGCUGUCCAGUUUGUCUGUACAUCCCAAAUCCGCUGCGUUGUUCUAAAUGCCAGCGAUUUGGACAUUCUCAAACAUCUUGUCGAGGUCACAUAUGCGCACAGUGUGGAGUUGAAGGUCACCAGAGUACUGAGUGUACCACUACUCCAUGCAGUGUGAAUUGCAAAGACACACAUCCUGCCUACUCCUGCAAAUGCCCCGCAUGGCAGACAGAAAAAGAAAUCUAG